UCCCUGAACUCCGACUCGACGUUGUCGGCGUUCACGUCCCAGCCGCCGUUCUCACUCUUGUAGUCCCUCACGGUUCUCUCGACCCUGAUGCCCGGUGUGCGGGCUAUGACUCGCGUGAUUCUCUCCGCCGCAUCGGCCGCCGUCUGCCUCUCCUCCUCGCUGAGCUCGACACCAGCACCGGCGGUCGUCGCGGGCUCUCGCUCCAACUUGCUGCCGAGACCAUUCGCACGGACCAGCUCCUCCGAGAGAUGUAUGCGGUAGAGUUCCUCCAUAACUGCCGUGUUCUGCAACUCGAGACGAGAGUAGUUCCUGCCGUUUGCCCGUCCUCCUGGGCCGGCCCUCGAUCCUCCCGUUGCCAUCCACCGAGAUUCAGCACUCAGCAAUUCACCGGUCGUCGAGAUCACGUGCGUCCCGCGUUCUGCUGUCUUUCUCUCAAACUGAGACUUGGGGUUUCUCGCUGCCCGCCGUCUUCUUCGUAUAGUUUGAACACCAACUAUAUCACCUAGGCUUUUUAGCUACAGGCACAUGGCCGGAAGAAACGAGACUGAGGGGAAAUCCCACGUGUUUUACGCGCACGCGCAGUUGCGCCAAAGAAACCGAGAGAGUUCUGGAUGUCUCUGCUGCAGGCGAGCGAGCCUCCCCCGCGGCCUGGAGAACUGACGGUGGGAGAGGUGGAGUGCAGGUUCCUGGUCCGAGAGGAGGGAGAUGAGCCGCAGUUUGCAGCACUCCCUGCCAUACCUGAUAUGUAUGUUGAUACUGCUGUGAGUUCAUUUCCGGGUGACGCACGUGAUCCCUCCCACCACUUCCUCCCAGUCUCGGAGCACUGGUUGAAGAGAUUCCUCAACACUUGGAAAGAUGAAGGGGUUUUCCCCGCUCUGGAGGGCGUGGCAUCAAACCCAGAUCUGACUGGUAGUUCAGUGCAGGGGAUGGUGUCCUGGGUGCUAGCUGGCAGGAGAUGGGCCGACGCUGCUUUCACCAAGUUACUGGCUCACAAAUCAACGCUAACUGCUAAAGAAAUGGUGACCCAACUUUCUCCAAUCCCUGACUGGGAGAACUCUCCAGUGCGGGCAAUGGACCUGCACCCAAGACUCCCAUACAUUGCUCUAGCAAGACAGGAUGAUGCAAUUGAAAUCAGGGACCUAUCAGGAAUGGAACCGGGGAUAGUGCUGAGAGAUAGGGACCAGAGCCUAGUCACUUGUCUUCAGUGGGCACCUCAUGCUAACUCGUUGCUGGCAGUGGGGUCAAAGGUCGGAGUGUUACUGUGGUUUGUUGAUCCGUCCCAACCGGCCUGCAGGUUUCUCACCUCUUGGGUACGAGUCGAGACGUCGCCCGGUCACGUUCCCGUGGCAACCAUCUCCUGGAGCCCCUGUGCUAAUUACCUUGUUUCCGGGUCUCCGGCUGACACAAACCUCGUCGUUUGGGAUGUUCCAAUGGGUGUGGCCACACGGGUUUGUCGUACGGAAGGGGGCGGAGUCAACCUGGUUGCCAUGGCACCCAGAGGUGGGCGUGUCCUAGCGGGAAGUGUGGGUGGUGUCCUGAGAGUAUGGGAGACUGGGAACUGGACCUGUGAGAAGUGGACCAACACGUCUGAGGCUCGUUGUCAGGUGGCUUGCUGGAGCCCCGACGGAGAUUUCCUCCUCUUUGCUCUCCAUGGUGACCCCGCCCUCUAUUAUCUGUGUUUCCGUGGCAACAGCACUGCUGGCUCGGUGAGUGCAGUAAAGUGUGCAGAUCUAUCUCCAUGUGCCUAUCGUGACGAUAGUGGACAUGAACCUAUUGUAGUGGGCGGGGCAGUUCAGAGCAUGGCCUGGGACUCAACUGGAGAGAGACUUGCCAUCAUUUUCACCGAGGAGAGUCCUGGACAUAACCUAGUGGCAGUGUUGAGAACAAAGAUAUCGACGGUGGUGGAAGUUUUACCCGGAGGUUACGUCAGAGGAGAAGGCGGAGACAUUCCUCAGAUGGUUACAUUCCAGAGGAACUGUUGCCAUGGAGCUCUGCUGGCCACUGCGUGGCUGAGUGGACGAGUGUCCUUCACUCCUCUCCUCUUCACCCACCUCCCCUCUUCCCUCCUCCCCUCCUUCCCCAUCCCACCCUCACUACACCAAUCACAACUAUACUCCACUUACAAUGAGCCCGAGUAUUACUAGUACUCAACAUUCACUGUCCUAGUAUCAUUAAAAAAUAAAUAAUUAUCAGUUAUAAUGUCUGUGAUUGGUUGCUGGGUGGGCGAUAAUUAGAACAGCAGUGGAGGUAGGAUUCCAAUCCUCCGAUGUCGUAGCGACCGGAGAUCUCGUAGGUGUAGACUGGUCUCCUAGCAACACGACAAAAAAUAGCACGAAUCAUAAGAAAGGUAUAGUAUUGGAAGCAGUAUGAUAAUAGCCAACAUUGACUGAGUGACAGUGUGUGGGAAGCCAUAUACCGUGAGUAGAGGUAUUUCACUAAAUUUCCAGUUGCAUCUUUUCCUUCAUUGGAGCCUCCUAAAUAAAGAAAACCGACAAUUGGGAGAGGGAAGACCUGGCAGGUUGCGAAUUUGCUUGUUGGAAAGUGAAUCUCUGUCAAUGCAGUAUAUUUCAGCGAAAAAUUUGCACAAAGUUCUUGAAAUAAAACUGUCACAGUCAUAAUUACCUUCUUUUCUUGAAGGAACUGAGAUAUCAAUGGAAGACUGUCUUUACUGAACAGAUACAGACAAGGAUUCUGCAGAUAUUAUCGGCACCAUGCACAUUAUCAUAACGACGAGUUAGUAAACUUACGGCCUUUCUCGACGUGGUGUCUGUUGGUUUAGGUUUCUCUAGAAAACUGACUACUUUUCCGUUUUCGUCGAGUUCAAGAAUUCCUCGCCUGACGGUGUCUUCGUCGGGGCAGGUGUAGUAAGGAAUGAAUGCUCCACCAGACGAAGCUGCUGGAGAAUUGCGAAAUGCAGCGAGAAAAUCCGCCAAAAUGAAAUCCUCACAAAAUAGUGUGUCCCUCCCAAUCACCAAGAGGUGGUCUUGAAUACCAAAGUGUUUCACUGGAAUGUGGAUACAAGCCACGGCGCCAGGUCUCGUAUCGUUGGUGCUACAUCCCGAGCUCACCAGCCGGACGGUCGGAUACUCCGCCGCCCAUUCCUGGAACUGUCCGAAAUUGGCGUCGUUGACUACCACGUACACGUCGCCCCCGGUUUCCGGACACGUCCCGAGUAUCUCCAUCCAGUGAGAGAUUACGGGCUUUCCGGACACCGGCAGCAGAGGUUUCGGGACAUUCUCCAGCUCCUUGUGCGUCCCACACUCUCUGAUAUCUCUCUGUAGCCUCGUUCCGAACCCAGCGGCUAAUAUCAGCACCUUCAUUCUGACUUGCUGACG